AUGCCUGCUCCUCCAGCGUUGGGUGCCCUGGGCAUGACGUUUACGGCCAUGCGCGCUCUACAGGCCAUUUCACUGAUCACCAUUAUUGGGCUGGCUUCGAAUUUUAUUUCCGAAAUGGUGACUGCCAGCUACGUGCCUCCGCCUGCGCUGGUCGGCACUCUUGUCGUUGCUUGCAUCACUGCUGUUUACACCGUCAUCACGUACAUUCUCUACUGGGACUCGAUGCUCCCUCUGCUGAUUUCCACCGGUGCCGAUGGCCUUUGUCUCGUCGCCACCAUCGUGGUGGCUUGUGUCGUCGGCAAGCCCGUCAGCUACCUCUCGUGCCCUUCGCUCCCCGACAAGGGCAACACAGCCAACUUCAUACACUCCCUUUUCCUCAAUCUCUCACGCAAGAACUACUUUGAGUGGGUUGACCCAGACAAGGCAACCUGCUUUGAGAUCAAGGCCAUCUGGGGCCUCAGCAUCUGCCUCUGCGUCCUCUACUUCAUGUCCGCCGUCACGUCGGCCUGCCUCUGGAAACGCAUCAAGGGCGGCAGCCGGCCCCCUCCCAAGGACUUGGAAUGA